AUGUCAUCCUCAUCGUCAGAUGGCGUAGAUGAAGCUGUUGAAGAAUGGUUCGACGAAGAAUUUGAUAAUCUCGUCGACUCCCUAGUUAAUGAUCAAGCAAAAAAACCAAAGAGACGGGCUUACUACGAAAGACAUCGGGAAGAAGGACACAAUCAACUAUGGAAUGACUAUUUCAGGGAACAUGCUACAUACCCACCGGAAAUGUUUAGAAGACGUUUUCGAAUGCACAAGCCAUUGUUCCUUCGCAUUGUGGAUGCUUUAAGAAAUGAAGUUCCAUACUUUCACCAAAGAAGAAAUGCUCACGGAAGGUACGGCCUAUCUACACUGCAAAAGUGUACAACAGCUAUACGUAUGCUAGCAUAUGGUCAAUCAGGAGAUACGUAUGACGAAUAUCUCCGACUAGGUGAAAGUACUGCACUUUUAUGUUUGGACAAUUUCACUAAUGCGAUAAUACAAUUGUUUGGCCAUGAGUAUCUAAGAAGACCUACAGCUGAUGAUCUUCAACGACUACUGGAUAUUGGAGAGUUACGCGGGUUCCCAGGAAUGGUAGGCAGCAUCGACUGUAUGCAUUGGGAGUGGAAAAAUUGCCCAACAGCUUGGAGAGGACAGUACACACGUGGUUCAGGAAAGCCGACAAUUAUCUUAGAGGCGGUGGCAUCACAAGAUCUAUGGAUAUGGCACGCAUUUUUCGGACUUCCAGCACAGCUAUUUGCUCAACAUCAAGAAGCCGUAAGAAAAGAUGUCGAACGUGCUUUCGGAGUAUUGCAAGCGAGGUUUGCAAUAGUUAAAAACCCAGCACUACUAUGGGACAAGGAAAAGAUAGGAAGGAUUAUGAGAUGUUGUGUCAUACUGCACAACAUGAUAGUAGAGGACGAACGUGACAGAUUCACUCAGUAUGAUACAGAUGAAUUCGAAUCAGGAGAGUCAAGCAGAAGUUCCCAGGUUGAUGUUGUCUCCUCUACGGAAAGCCUUUCUAAUGUCGGUGAAAUGCGUGGGAUUCGCAAUCAAAUUCGGGAUCAACAGAUACAUCAUCGUUUGAAAGCUGAUUUAGUUGAAAAUAUAUGGCAAAAGUUUGGUAAUCUUGAUGAAUAA